AUGUCGCACCUGGAAGCCUCCAACCUAUACAACGUCAAAGGCCUCGUCGCCGUCAUAACCGGUGGAGGAAGUGGCCUCGGCCGCACCAUGGCCCUGGCACUCGCCACAAACGGUGCGGCCAGGAUCUUUAUCAUCGGUCGCCGAGAAGGAGCUCUAAAGGAAACCGUUUCUCUCGCCCCAGCCGCCGCCAAAGACAGCAUAAUCCCUGUCCAGGGCGACGUAACCUCCCAGGAAUCCCUGCGAUCAGCAUACGACAAGAUCGCUUCGCAAACAGACCACGUCGACCUCCUUAUCGUUAACUCCGGCAUCCUCGGCCCACCCGCUAUCAUCAAGCGCAAGGACGAUGGGUCCCUUCUCCCCAUCUCCGAACUAAAGGACUACCUCUGGAACAUACCCAUGGCGGAGUUCACAAAAGUCUUUGAGGUCAACACCACUGGCGCAUACUACACGGCCAUUGCGUUCCUCCCGCUGCUGGAUGCAGCGAAUAAGCGUCGCGCCGCACCAGAGAAGAACAAGCUCUCGCCCCCGCUGGCCCAGAUCAUCAUGACCUCGAGUAUUGCGGGAUACUCGCGGCGAGUCCCGUUUGACUUUGCGUACAACCUGAGCAAGGGCGCCGUGAAUCAUCUGGUUAAGGCGCUCUCGACGAGUUUGACAGAUUACCAAAUCCGCGUUAAUGGGAUUGCACCGGGUUUGUAUAUGUCGGAGAUGUCGGUAGGCACGAACUUUGAGGAGGGGAACAAGGGAGUGUCAGAUGGGUCCUUUGACCCGGAGAAAAUCCCAAUAACGAGGGCUGGGGGUGAGGAGGAUAUUGCGGGGUUAGUGCUUUGGAUGGCGGGCGCUUCUGGGGGGUAUUUGAAUGGGAAUAUCACGGUGACUGAUGGCGGACGGCUGAGUGUUUUACAGUCUUCUUAUUAG